AUGUCGCGACCGUCGUCCGCGAUGUCGAACAGGUCGCACGGAUCGUCGCAAGGAUCGCCGCACGGAUCGUCGUACGGGUCGUCGCACGGAUCGUCGCAUGGCCUGUCGCAGGGGCCGCCGUGCGACCCGCCGCAAUGGAUUCGCGGACAUCAGCUUGGCGGCGAUCCGCGCAGCAAAACUCACCUCGCCCUUCACGCCGAAUCCGGUCAAAUCUUCGUCGCGAAAUCCGUCUCGUCGCGCGCUCUCCCGCGCGACAUGCGACAGCUCGACAACGAGCAGGCGAUCCUCGAGGAGCUUCGUGGCUCGCCACGUGUCGUGCGGCUAUUGGGCGCGGACUGGGAAGACGACGCUGCCGUUCCAGGAGCUAGGGUUAGAAACCUAUUUAUGGAGUACGUUUCGGGCGGCAGCAUUGCGGACUUAAUGUCCUCGUUCGGCGGGAGAUUACCGGAGGCCCUGGUGCGGAGAUACGCGCGGGGGAUCUGCGAGGGGCUGCGCGAUCUGCACGCGCGCGGAAUCGUCCACUGCGACAUCCGCGCCGCCAACGUGCUCCUGAACGGGGACAAAGGCGAGGCGAAGCUCUGCAGCUUCGGCUCCGCAAUCCGCGCCGCCGCCGCCCCCGCCGCGGACGGCUCCGCCGCGGAAGCCGCCGGCGCGCGGAAGCCGCCGCCGGCGCGGUUCCAAGGUGCGGGGGCGUACAGCUGGAUGGCGCCGGAGGUGGUCCGUCAGGAGGCGCAGGGCUGCGCCGCUGAUAUCUGGUCGUUUGCGUGUACGGUUCUCGAGAUGAUCACCGGCGAGCCGCCCUGGACCGAGCAGCUCGAAGCGGCGGGCUUCGCGGCGGCGCCUGGGAGCGCGGCGGGCGGCGGCGGUGGUGCGCGGGCGUGUGAUCGAGACGCGGUGUUGCACAUGAUAGGGAGCACGUUCGAGGUGCCACAUAUCCCGGCGGAAGUGUCGCCAGAGUGUCGGAGUUUGUUGCGACGGUGCUUAGAACGCGACCCGGCGAACCGUCCGAGUGCUAUGCUGCUCCUAGACCACGCGUUUCUGCUGCCCACGCCGUGCCCGCCGCUCUUCCGCCUCUUAGGUGGUGGCAGUUUCGGUAAUAACGAUGCUGCUAAUAGUGCAAAUAGUAUGCCUGGGUACAGUACGGAGAAUAUGAGUGGUUCUGUAUCAGGUGGAAUGGUAGCUGCUAAUGGAGUAGCUAAUAACGGGGCUUUUGGUGUACCAGCUGCUGGAGAGAGGCUUCGCACCCCGGACCGUUACAGAAUAGGGUUACCACGAUCCGCGUCAGCCGGUUCGGCAGAGGAGUCAGGUUCGGCAACAGGCAUGGCAGCAGGUAUGGUGGCAGGCAUGGGCCCGGGAGGGUUCAAUGCACCCCCCGCACUCACGCCACCUAGUUCGUCCAUGCAUUCAGGUGGUUACCCUAAGUCGCUCACAUCGCCAAACGCUGUUGCUGGGGGGACAGGGGGAGGGUUCACUUCGCCCGGGCCUGGGGGAGGGGGUCCAGGGGGAGGAGCGAUGGCGGGAGUAUCAGGGGGAGGAUUAGGGGGAGGGGGGAUGGGGGGAGCAGCAGGCGGGGGAGCCUCUUUGGACCGGCCCCCAACGCGCCGAACUCCUCUCCAACGGUCCCAGUCACAGCCGAAGCAGCUCAUAUCCACUCACGUUUCUCUGCCCGGCACUGGUAACCCUGUUUGUAACCCUAAUCCACCUUGUGUAAUCGCGAAUCUGGCCCAGAGUUCACCGAGCAGCAUUCCCCCGACUGGUAAGGCGUCCAGCAGAAAUGCAUCUCCCAUGACUAAGCCUCCUCCUCCUCCUGCUCCUUCUCCUGCUGGUUCCGGCAGCGCUGGUGCAAACCCUAAUUUGCCCAUGGUCGAUCUGGGGGCGAAUUCAAUGAACCCGGCCCUAGCUGCUGCUAUUCCCGGCCCGCCUGCUCUAACAGCUGACGCAGCAGGUAGUGCCGGAGGAGCCACAGGAACGGCGACAGGUGGCGGGAUGCCAUUGGGCCCCGUGCUGGUGCCGCCUCCAGGCAUCCGUAUGGGACCGUUGAUGCGGCAAAUAUCCAAGGGUCAGGAGGCGAUCAGAGCCGCGGCAGCCAUGGCUGCAGCAGGAGGAACAGCAGCAGCUACUGCAGCAGCAGGAGGAGGAGCGGGAACAGGGGGGGCGGAGACAGAGAGUGGAUUUCUCCCGCACCAGCAGGCACAGGCUCGGGCCACUCCUCCUCGCCCGGGCCUCCCCCGAAGCUCCAGCGGCGGUAGCUCCGGAAACUACAGUGUUUCUUUUGGGAACGGGUCAUCGUCUGUCUCAGGGAGUGCAGGUGGAGGGGCCCCUGGUGGUGCUGGUGCUGGUAGUGGUUACAUCAGCAGUGGCAGUGGUGGUGGCAGCAGUGGGUACAGCGCUGCCCUCCCUCCCUCUCCUGAAGGCGUCACUUCCCCCAACACCAUAUUCUCUGCUCCUUCCCCCCCUUCCAUGCCCCCCUGCCGUCCCCAUGCCCAUCGUCGCUCCCACAGUAUCUCACCCGAGCAUGGUCACCUAGGGUUCAGUGCUACUGCUGGGGCCACCCUUGGGAUUGCCUCUGGCGCUGGUGGCAGCAGCAGUGGUGGUGGGACUGGUGGUGGUGCUGGUGGUGCUGGUGGUAGAUUUGGGGCUUACCCUCCCCCAGGGCAGUCCAGUAUCUCAACAACUGCCGACUAUUGGUCCACUUUCACUGUCGGGAUUCGCGCCGCGAUUGCCGCUAAGAAGUAUGUGGCGCGAAAGGAGGACGUGCCGUUGAUUAAGUGUGGCGUGUGCGAGUUGCUCGCGAAGAACCUUCUGCGGCAAGUGCGGGAGAAGCGUCAGGCGGUCGCGCCUAAGAAGCUAUCAGAGCUGAAGAUCAUCGAGCUUGUGGAAUCCGCGUGUGACGUCAGCAAGGACGAGGGCGAUUGGAUCCAAUGGCUGGAUGUGCAGGAGAAAGGCGACAAGCUCGAGCUGAAGGAGUUUCCCUACCCUGGGGAUUGCCGCACUGAAUGCAAGACGAUCCAGAAGGCUUGUCAGGAGGUGGUGGGUUUCUCAGACACGGACGUGGCAGAGCUCCUCUACGCCGAGCCGGCCAUCCCAGAAGGUGUUUUCGCCAAGCAGCUGUGCCUCGAGAUGUCCCCUGCGUGCAUCACACAGCCGCCACCCGUUCCCAAGGGCCGCAAGCCAGGGGAGGCAUUCCGGCGCAAGAGCAGCACAGAGGUGGAGAGGGAGAGGAUGAUGCGAGACAUGGACUUGAAGUCCGAGAAGUACCGAGAAGAGAACCCACGCGCUCCCCGCAUGCCUAAAAUGAAGCUCUACUCACGUGACGACCUCUUAAAGAAGACGUCUGUGGGGGGUAUGGGGAUGGGCGAGGAUGAGGAGGAUGAGGAGGACGGGGAAGGGGAAGAAGAGGAUCCCGAGGAGAAGCUAAGGAACGAGUUGGGACCUGGGACGAAUGUUGAUAUGGAGGCGAUUCGGGCUGCUUUGAAGGCCGCGGACGAGAAGGAGAAGCAUCAGGAAGCAGCACUCAACUCCCCUCUUCGUCGAAUCUACAUCUCCUCGCAAGCCCUCAUUCAACGAGCCACUCACACCGGGACCAUGCUCAUCAAAAGAUUCCAAACCACUGCUGCUGGGAAGCACACAAGCAAGCUCAUUCGCCAGUACUCGUGUAACUCUCGGGCUUUCCCUUCGUGUUUAUCGUCCACAACCAUGGACUCGGCGAAAGUGGCUCUCUUGUCCUCCAAGGACAGCGACUGCACCGUCAACGGCUUGGAGGCUGGCGUUCGCCGCCUCGGCCUUCCUACCGGGUCCUUUUUGGGCGUGAACCGCAAGGGCGAUGACCUCCUGGAGAUUAACCUUCCGCGGAAUGGUUUCACAUCCCGUUGCCUCGUCCUCUACACCUUUUUUCUGAUCUACGUGGCAAUCUUUGCCGUGUUCUUCAUCGACCUUGAUGCGCUCACUCCUUCCAACGCAGAUUUCUGCUCCAUGUGUCCCCUGAUUGGCCUCGGGGCGCUGGUCCUUAUCGUGACCAUUGUCGUGGUUGUCAAGGCACUGACUCGCCGCCACCUCACCUUCACCCGCUCCGAGUUCACCAUGACGUCAUCCUUCCUUGGCCGCAAGUGCUGCUGCCGCAAGUCUUCAGUGAACGGCAAGGCAUCCGACAUCUCCAAUGUCAAGAUCGUGGUGUCUGGGGGCCAGUUUGCGGGAUUCAUGACAGCUUGCGAGGUCUCGGAGGGCGUGCGCAUGCACCGCUUUGGCAUGAACCUGAGCGUGAGCGAGAAGCAGUACCUGGUGCAGGAGAUUGGCGAUUUCCUCGCCUGCCCCUACUCCACUCAGGUGCAGCUGGCGUAA